UCCACCCGACACCGCCACUGCUCUCAACAACCCGGGAGCGUCCCCCCGCGAAAACCUAGAACCGAGACCUCUCGAAUCCGCCGAGACUCCCAUGGCGAGCCCCGGAGAGCCCUCCUCCUCCUCCGAUCCGAAGGGGAAGAAGGAUUAUUCGACGGCGAUCCUCGAGCGGAAGAAGUCGCCGAACAGGCUGGUGGUCGACGAGGCCACCAACGAUGAUAACUCCGUCAUCGGGAUGCACUCCGACACCAUGGAGAAGCUCCAGCUUUUCCGCGGCGACACUGUGCUACUCAAGGGUAAGAAGAGAAAAGACACUAUCUGCAUUGUGCUUGCGGAUGACACAUGUGAGGAGCCGAAGAUCAGAAUGAACAAGGUUGUCAGGAAGAACCUGAGGGUGCGACUUGGUGAUGUUGUUUCUGUUCAUCAAUGCCCAGAUGUCAAAUACGGCAAACGGGUGCACAUACUUCCAAUUGAUGAUACGGUUGAGGGCAUCACUGGAAAUUUGUUUGAUGCCUUCCUGAAACCAUACUUCCUUGAAGCAUAUCGUCCUUUGAGGAAAGGAGACCUUUUCCUUGUUAGGGGUGGAAUGAGAAGUGUUGAAUUCAAAGUUAUAGAGACUGACCCUGCAGAGUACUGCAUUGUUGCACCUGAUACAGAGAUAUUCUGUGAUGGUGAGCCUAUUAAGAGGGAGGAUGAGGAAAGGCUUGAUGAAGUUGGUUACGAUGAUGUUGGUGGAGUCAGAAAGCAGAUGGCCCAAAUCAGAGAACUUGUUGAGCUCCCAUUGCGCCAUCCCCAACUGUUCAAGUCUAUUGGUGUGAAGCCUCCAAAGGGCAUACUGCUGUAUGGACCCCCUGGCUCUGGCAAGACCCUCAUUGCUAGAGCUGUAGCUAAUGAAACAGGUGCUUUCUUCUUUUUGAUUAAUGGCCCCGAGAUUAUGUCCAAGCUGGCAGGAGAAAGUGAGAGCAAUCUCAGGAAGGCAUUUGAAGAAGCUGAGAAGAAUGCGCCAUCAAUCAUUUUCAUUGAUGAGAUUGAUUCCAUAGCCCCAAAGAGAGAAAAGACCCAUGGAGAAGUUGAGAGGCGUAUUGUUUCACAGCUGUUGACUCUUAUGGAUGGUCUCAAAGCUCGUUCCCAUGUCAUUGUCAUGGGUGCUACAAACAGGCCAAACAGUAUUGAUCCUGCUCUCAGGAGGUUUGGUAGGUUCGACCGGGAGAUUGACAUUGGUGUUCCUGAUGAAGUUGGGCGGCUUGAGGUUCUUCGGAUUCACACUAAAAACAUGAAGCUGGCUGAAGAUGUUGACCUGGAACUCAUUGCCAAAGACACUCAUGGGUAUGUGGGUGCUGAUCUUGCUGCUCUUUGCACUGAGGCUGCUCUCCAAUGCAUCCGUGAGAAGAUGGAUAUUAUAGAUCUCGAGGAUGAGACCAUAGAUGCUGAGAUACUGAACUCAAUGGCUGUUACAAAUGACCACUUCAAGACUGCACUAGGGACAAGCAACCCAUCUGCUCUCCGUGAAACUGUCGUUGAAGUUCCAAAUGUCUCUUGGGAAGACAUUGGUGGACUGGAGAAUGUUAAACGGGAGCUGCAGGAGACUGUCCAAUAUCCAGUUGAGCAUCCAGAGAAAUUUGAGAAGUUUGGCAUGUCUCCGUCCAAAGGUGUUCUGUUCUAUGGACCUCCUGGCUGUGGUAAGACUUUGUUGGCCAAGGCAAUUGCUAACGAGUGCCAAGCUAACUUCAUUAGCGUCAAGGGACCUGAGCUGCUUACCAUGUGGUUUGGUGAGAGUGAGGCCAAUGUGCGUGAGAUCUUUGACAAGGCUAGGCAGUCAGCUCCUUGUGUCCUCUUCUUUGAUGAGCUUGACUCAAUUGCUACCCAGAGAGGAAGCAGUGUUGGUGAUGCUGGUGGUGCUGCUGAUAGAGUGCUGAACCAGCUGUUGACUGAGAUGGAUGGCAUGAACGCAAAGAAAACUGUUUUCAUUAUUGGUGCUACUAACAGGCCAGAUAUCAUUGACCCUGCCUUGCUCAGGCCAGGGCGUCUUGAUCAGCUGAUCUACAUUCCUCUUCCUGAUGAGCAAUCUAGGCUGCAGAUCUUCAAAGCCUGCCUCAGGAAGUCACCUGUGGCCAAGGAUGUUGACCUGAAUGCCCUUGCCAAAUACACCCAGGGGUUCAGUGGUGCAGAUAUUACAGAAAUCUGCCAGCGUGCGUGCAAAUAUGCCAUCAGAGAGAACAUUGAAAAGGACAUCGAGAGGGAGAGGCGGAGGAAGGACAACCCUGAAGCCAUGGAGGAGGACGAGGUUGAUGACAUUGCUGAGAUCAAGGCAGCUCACUUCGAGGAGUCGAUGAAGUAUGCUCGCCGGAGUGUGAGCGAUGCCGACAUCCGCAAGUACCAAGCCUUCGCCCAGACUCUCCAGCAGUCUCGUGGGUUUGGUACCGAGUUUAGGUUCGCUGACCAGCCAGCGUCCGGCGCAGGCGCUGCUGCCGACCCAUUCGCAUCCGCUGCUGCUGCAGCUGACGAUGAUGAUCUAUAUAGUUAGAUCCUUACUCCGUGCAAUUAACUUCCGUGCUGCUUUCGUUAAGUAUGUUUAUUUCGCUUUGCUAAACUUGUAAUAUGUAAGAUACGGGCAAACAGUGUACUGAUUCUUAAGUUAAUAUCUUGAGAGCUGAGAGUUACUGGAAACCGAAUUUCACUGUAUCGUGAACGAGUAUGAGUAUAUCUGUAUAUGGACCAAUGGAUUUGU